AUGCUGCAUUUGUUUGCUACUGCGCUUAGCGAUGCUGCAUUUUUCGAUGCUGCAUUUCUUGAUGCUGCAUUUUUCGAUGCUGCAUUUCUUGAUGCUGCGUUUGGCGAUGCUGAAUUUCUUGCUGCUGCGUUUAGUGAUACUGCAUUUUUGGCUGCUGCAUUUAGUGAUGCUGAAUUUCUUGUUGCUGCAUUUUUCGAUGCUGCAUUUUUCGAUACUGCAUUAGUGCCUCCUGCUGCAGUGACGAGGGCAUUCCAGAAGGUCCCUAUGGGGACUGCCGCCACCUCAACGGCCAAGCCGGCGGAGAAAGCCCUUCUUUGGGCGUAUAGGUUUCAUUUGCUACGAAUUCCGUUCGCUCUGCCGCGGCUGCUGCAAACGGUGGACUGGAGCGGCAGCAGCAGCAGCAGCCAGCAGCAGCAGCAGGAGGCGCUGGAGCUGUUGGAGCAGGCAGACGCCGCUCGGCUGUCUGUCGAAGAAGUGCUAGGUAUUCUUCUCUUUUCCAAGGAGCUUGAGCCUGCGGCAGCUGCAACAGCAGCACAGGCAGAAGCAAGAGUUGAAUCUCCCACAGGCGCGUCCUUGACAGCUGCCAAGGCACUUGAGAGCAGCAGCAGCAGCAAGAGCAGCAGCAGCAGCAGCGGCAGCGUUGCUGCUGCCGUUCACUUGCGUGUCAAGCGGCUGGCUGUGGAAGCCAUAGAAGCGGUGCCAGAUUCGGAGAUUUUAUUCUUCAUGCAGCAGCUCGUACAGCUCAUAAGGACCGACCAGCACGUAACGACUAGCGGCUGCCGUCUCGGUGCAGCCCUCAUUCGGCGUAGCCUUCGCAGUUCUUCGCUUGCCUCCAGUUUUUUCUGGCUUUUGCAGACGGAGAAAGAGCAUUCGGCGGACGGGCAUCUUUUUGUUCGCGCUGAGCAACGCUUCCUCCAGUGCUUGCGUAGAAGGCAACGACGUCUCCUUCUUCACGCAGACACGCAGGCACAAGGGCACUCACCGCUGCCUCCCCGCAUGCAGCAACAGGCUGCCAUGGCAGCAAGCAUUCUCCAGCUCUUGGAGAGGCAGCGCCUUUGCCGCGAUACUUUUGCCUCGCUGUUCCCCACUUCGGCAGCUGCAUCCCCACUGCAGGCGCAGCCAGACGAUCCGAAAGCAGAUCUGCAUUCUGAAGAUGAGACACUUGCGAAUGAUGGGAAGUCGUGUAAAAAGACGGUGUUGGCUGCAUUGGCUGCUGCGGCGGAGGCUGCCGAGACGGCUCGAACUCCUGCUGUACGUACAGCAGCAGCAGGAGCAGCAGGAGAAGGCGUUAUUAGUUUAGCGUCUUUAGACACAGAUGCAGUCGCUCAUGCGUCUGAGAGUGAUGAAAAAAAAAAAGCCACAGCAGCAGCUGCUGCGGCUGCAGCGGCAGAAUUCGGCAUCCCCUUGCCCUUCGAUGACGGCUCUGUACUGCUGCACAUCAUCGCUCAGGAGUGCUAUGUCAUGAAGAGCAGCCAAUAUCCCCUAGUCAUCAAAGCCCUCAUCUACUACGCGCAGCCUCAGCAGCAGCAACAGGAGACUCUUCGACUGCAACGCUUUCUGUACAAAGAAGACGAUGAUCUCAGGCAGGAUGUUCUCGUUUUGCAACUCAUUGCCUACAUGAAUCGCAUCCUCCUGCGCUAUGGCUUGGACCUGAAACUCACACCCUACAAGGCAAGCCCUCUCCUUUCCCAGGCGUUUGGGCUUUCGUGGUGUUGUUGGCUGCAUGCUCAGGUUGUUGCAUUUUCUGCAUCCGAUGGUUUAAUUGAGUUUCUGGAAGGAUGUGUUUCCUUCGCGCAAGUGAAACGAGAGAAUCGUUCUCUGCUAUCCUUCAUGGAAUCUGCAAGCGCAUCCGCGCAUCCCCCCGGCACGUGUGCUGGCGAUGCUGAAGGCAGCGUGGAUGCGCUUAAACGCAACUUUUUAGCUUCUUGUGCAGGCUAUUGUGUUGCAACAUACUUGCUGGGUGUGGGAGAUCGCCAUCUUGACAACCUGUUGAUCAGACCAGAUGGUCGCAUGCUGCACAUUGACUUUGGAUUUAUUUUAGGAGAAGAUCCGAAGCCGUUCCCCCCCCCCAUGAAGAUCUGCAAGGAAAUGAUCGAAGUCUUAGGAUCUCUGGAUUCUCCCGAGUUUGCCUAUUUCUUGCAUCUCUGCUGCCUUUGCUUCAAGUACCUUCGCACACACGCGUAUCCCAUAUGCCUCCUUCUCGAGUGUAUGGCCACCUCCAGCCUCAAGGAUAUCACCAAGAAUCUCGUGACGGUGCAAGGAAAGCAGCCAGAAACGCAGCAAUCGCCACAGGGCAGUCCGCCCGCAGUGGUCACCACCGGUGAAGACGCCGCUCCUGCUGCGACUGUAUCGUCUUCGGCUUGCUUAGGAGUCAGACUAGAAAAUGCUGCUGCAUCAGGCGAGAUCACCAGUGCAACAACGACAACUCCGGCUGCCUCUGCUGCUGCUGACGAUUCUUCGGGCGCAGCAGCAUGUGACGCUGCAACUGCACCAACGAACCGUCCUGCACCGACAGCGGCUUCUCCCCCCCGCCCUGUAUCGUCCAGCAGCAGCAGCAGCACAAGUGGGAGACGCGUGUGCAUCGCGAUAGAGCGAGUAAAGGAACGCUUCCGCUUGGACCUGAGCGAUGAGGAAGCUGAAGAAGCUCUUGUGCAGAUCAUCAUCAGCAGCGCAGGUGCCCUCAUCCCUGCAGUAGUCGAUAGGCUGCAUGAAUGGGCGAUCUACUGGAAGUGA